AGGGAAUUUGAAGGAUACCCUUUUGUUGGUACCUACAGAGCAACAACUCCAGUAUUACUGAUACGAGACCCUGAUUUGCUGAGAAAUAUUCUCGUCAAAGAUUUUAAACAUUUUCAAAACAACGAUGUGGAUAUUGAUAAAGAAGUAGAACCUUUAUUUGGCAGACAUCCGUUUGUCUUGAAAGGUCAGGAAUGGAAGGACAAAAGAGCUCAGUUGACAUAUUGCUUCACCUCCGGAAAGAUAAAAGGCAUGUAUGUUUUCCUAGAAACCAACUCAAACAGAAUGAUUCGUUACAUAGAGGACGAAAGCAAAAAAUCAACUGUAUUUGACGUGAGAGAAGUGUGCAUCAGGUUUACGUUGGAAAAUGUCUCAGCUUGCGCAUUCGGUUUGGAAGGAAAAAAUUUCGAUCAACCUUAUUCGGAUUUUAGAGAACUGGCUGAUAAAUUUUUAUCACCGGAAAGUAUGAGCAAAAUUAAAUUUAUAAUCUUGGUUGUCUGUCCUUGGAUAGCUAAAUUUAUGAAAAUGAAAUUUAUUUCUGCAGAAGUCGAAAAACGUUUAAUUGACAUGGUAUCAGAAACACUUAAGUAUCGUAAAGAAAACAACAUUGUUAGAAAUGAUUUUCUGGACGCUAUGAGUCAAAUCAAGACUGAAGAUGGUUUGUUUAGCGAAAUUGAUAUAGUUGCUAAUGCUGCCAGCUUUUUUGGAGACGGAUAUGAAACUAGUUCUAGAGUAAUGACGUUUGCGAUUUUUGAACUUGCACAAAAUUCUGGAGCGCAAGGGAGAUUGAGAGAAGAAAUUAACGAAACUUUGGCUAAAAAUGGAAAUAAAUUUACAUACGAAUUAAUAAGCCAAAUGCCAUAUUUGGAUGCUUGUCUACAAGAAAGUAUGCGAAAAGACUCUCUGGUUUAUCAGCUGAACAAGACAUGCACGGAAGAUUAUACUUAUAUCUCGACUAGCUCAGAUUUUAAACCAAUCAAGAUUAACAUUAAAGCUGGUACCCCCAUCGUCUUACCCAUUGAAGGAUUUCAUAAUGAUUCCAGGUACUUUGCUGAUCCUGAAAGGUUCCUACCAGAAAGAUUUUUGGAUAAACAGGAUGAUGGUUUCAGAAAGCAUACAUAUUUUCCUUUCGGUGAUGGUCCAAGAAUGUGUUUGGGUUUACGGUUUGGAAUAACUCAGAUCAAAGUUGGCAUAGCGCAUAUAAUUAAAAAUUAUCAACUCUCUGUAAAUUCUAGAACUCAACUUCCUUUGAAAUUCGAUCCCUACUACAUCAUGGCCGAUCCAAUCGGAGGGCUGUGGGCAGAUUUUCAUAAAAUUAAUUAAGAAGAGUUGUUAUUUUUUAUAAAUAGUAUUAGUUUUAUGUUCUAAGCUUACAUGUAUGUAUAAAUUGUUUUUAUUAAAAAAUAAAUUUAAAUUUAAAGUGUG